AAGCUGCACAAAUGAUACAACGAGCGAAAAGACGGUGUUGACUUGAUUGUGUCAGCCACAGAGAAGGGGGAUGGCACAUAUAUAAAAGGAUUAAUUGCGGGAAGAGGCAGAGGAAUACGAGGAACGAGUAAAGGACAGGCAGAGAGGAUGCACGACUUUUGCUUUACAUUUCCCUAUGGGGCUCUGGUUGCAAUUGGAGGACUGGUGGGGUUCAUGAGAAAGGGAAGCGUCACCUCCUUGGCUGGAGGCCUUGGAGCGGGCUUCUUCCUCCUCCUUGCUGCCCAAAUGAGUCUCAACGCCUUUAACCAGCGCCGCAAUUCCUAUCUUGCCCUCUUUAUUCAGACAGUAUGCUCAUUUGCUCUAACAUGGGUGAUGGGACAACGAUAUUUGGUGACUUCAAAGAUAAUGCCAGGUGGUGUGGUCGCUACUAUUAGUGCCAUAAUGACGUUCUUCUACCUAUAUAAGAUCAUUAGAGGAGGAAAUCAUAUAGCACCAAGGAAGGAUUGAUGAGAAACAUGUAAAAGAGGAUGGAUCUACAAUGAAAGGGUUGUAAAAUUAGACUAAUGGAGUUCAUUAUUAAAUUCACAUGUUUUCCAGGGUUUUCUAGGGAAUCUUUGUUGUUGAUCUUAUAACAGAGGAACAAUUACUUUUUCCAAUACAAUGGAUUGUAUGAUGGUAGAAAUUUGCAAUAGUUUUUAAAAUGAAUUUCUUUAGUGGAAGAUAACCAAAUAGUUUUUUGCCA